AUGUCACAUUUCAUGGCCACUUCUUACAUUCACGUAUGCGAUCGCAGAGAUCCAAAAAUCGAUCAGUGCAUCUUGAACAACGUUAAUAAUUUGAAAAGUAAAAUCUACCAAGAAAUACCAGAAUUGGAUAUUCCAUCAAAUGAUCCAUUUGUGAUUGACACUCUGGCCCUUACCAAUAUAUCUGACAUAAAAUUGUAUAUCAGAAAUGCACAAUUAAGGGGUCUAUGUGAUUUCAAGAUAAAUAAUUUUAGUAUAAACAUUGAUACUCUUCAUUACAGUUUUGAAAUUGUAUUCGACCAGUUACGGGCAAACACUUAUGACUUUGAAAUACGUUUAUUAGUCCCCGUUAUACAUCAGGGACAGCUUUACAUUACUUCGGGUAUGCAAAAAAAAUUAAUCGAUUCUUUAUUAAAAUAAAAUAUUUGAAUACAACUUAUUUUAACACUAAUGAUACAACGUUAGAUAUAAUUUCAAAAUUACUUAUUUGUAUGUUUUUAUAGAUAAUGUAGGAGCAAACGUAACCUUAGACUUCAAUGUAGUAACCACAAGAGGCCAAAAGUACACGUACUUGGCAAAGAUAAAAAUAAAUCUUAACAUAAAAAGAUAGAUUUUACUUUUCAAAUUAUUAACGUUGUUCAAGAUGCACUGAUCGAUUUUUGGAUCUCUGCGAUCGCAUACGUGAAUGUAAGAAGCUGUAAAGAGAAUUCAUCAUUUUUCAUAACGUUACGAAACAGUAUCGAAUACGAUGACAUCCGAUAAGCAACACAUCAAACACUGCAAACACUUUUGC